UGGCCGUUCAUGUCAAAAUAGCGAUGGUUCCAUCUAGAUGCAUUUUCCAUCUAGAUACUUCGCAUAACCAUCUAGAUGCUUCGCACAAGUAUCUAGAUAGUUCGUGUUAGUAUCUAGAUGCUUCGUUAAAGUAUCUAGAUGCUUCGUUGAAGUAUCUAGAUGCUUCGCUGAAGUAUCUAGAUGCUUCGUUAAAGUAUCUAGAUGGCCGAAAAGUCUUAAAAUCUUUAGUAUUCUGUCGUAUUCUAACCAAUUGAAUUUGCGUUUUCUUACUCUACUGAUUAACAAAUUUCGCGGGAUUUUAGAGAGGGAAACACGUAGUUUCUCUCCCCGUGAGCUUUAUUCCCCGCACAGCUGAUAUGUCGAAUCUUGAAAGAUACCAACAAUUGUUGAGAAGAAGCUUAAUUAGAAUUAGAGAAAGGACAGAGGAAGAAAAUGGUGACGAUAACGACUUUGUAACAGGAUUUGCUAAUUUUAGAACGCAGCAUGACAGUAGACCAGGUCAGACUGCAGCAGCAGGUGCAUACAGAAGGAGGACUAACCCAGUCUACUCAUUCAAAAUUGCAUGUUUGGACGGCCCUGAAUUCACCAAUGUCAGUCCCAUGAUGAUUAGACGCUUGAAUAAGUGUGGUUUAGGAUCCAGGAAGAUAGUAAUAUCCCGGAGUGACUCUGUAAUAAACUUUAAGAAGAGAGUCAUAGAACUCUUUCCAAAAUUGGAAAGGGUUGAUUUUGAGUUCUUCCAGGCAAAGUUGAGGGAGAAACACAGACUUGAACAAGUGGUGUUUAAUUCCUUAAAGGAUCUUAAGGCCAAAGUGAAAUUCACCCUCUAUAUUAAACCUGCACAACAGCUAAUCAAUAUUACUGAAGGUGAAUCGGAUGAAGAAGAGCUUCCACCAUUGUUCCCUCCCAGAAGAGAAAGACAAUCUGAUGAUGCUAAUUUGACAGCACAAGCGUCAACAUCUGACACACCAGAUUCGCCAAGAAGUCGCCAGAGAAAUAGUACACUGUCUCAACCAGGUACCAGUGGAGCAAGUACAACCGUUACAUCUGAGAGGUCAAAUUCCUCAUCCACUCAAAUAACCAGUACAUUGUCCUCACCUGGUAGAAAUAGAGCAACUGUAGCCCUGGAAGGCUCCAACACACCAUCAUCAAGAAGAGGCAGAGUCAUAGCAUCUCCUGUUGCAAGAAGAUCUAAUGAAAGUAGCUCCUGA